AUGUGCGAGAGUGCGCAUUCCCCCUCCUCUUCCUUGCCAUCGCUCCAGGACAGUGGUGACGUAUGGGGGGUUGUGCAGCACCUCGCAGCUGCUGAUGGAUUUCCCUUCCAACUGCAGCUGGACGAAGUCCAGGUGUGUAUCGACUACGCGGCAGCGCACUACAACUGCUGCUGGGCCCGUGCUAUGCUGCACCCCAUAUGGGACGCGUUGCAGGCACAUCUGAGGGAGGUCAAGGCAAAGAAAAUGGGCAGUGACGCAUCGCCACACCAGACAUUAGAGUCCUCUGCUUCCGCCGCACGGGCGGCAACCUGCAAAACACUCACGGAGCUUUCAGAGUCGAUUCAGCUUCUGUUCAAACAGCAGCAGCAGCAGCAACAGCGGCCACCGUGUGGUAGUGUGAAUCGGUUACGCUACAUUAACCAUGCACCUCCUGUCCUUCGCGUCGGAAGGGGCAUUACGGGAACGCUUACUGUUACAUUUUCCCUUCGGCGAUGCAGUGAUACUGGUGUAGCAUCUACUGCACUUUUUCCGUCGUUCCUUGCCGUGGAGCCGAGUGAAUCCAUCGCCUCUUUUGUGACUAUAUCUGUCUUUGAGACUCGUCGACGUUCCUCAACCUGUAAAAUUGCCCUUCUGUUACUGCAGAUCAUCAGUAGUGACGGGAAUGUGGCGACCUACAGUACGUUUGACGCGGAGCUGCAAAUUGGCGCUCCAUCGUUGUCGUCAUUACAGUCGUCUAGCGCGCUUCCCUGGGCAUUUCGCGUGUACGCCGCAUUCUACGCCUCUUCUGAGGAGCAGCUUCAGCUCGACGAACCCUUCACGCACCUCUGCGAGUGGCGGCCUAAGGUGACGCAGGAGGAGCGCUUCGCUGUGAUGAACCCGCGCAUGGACCCGGAGGUCGCCUUCUCCACGGAGAAGCGGCACCGUGCCACCAUGGAGCGCCGCAUUCGCACCGCAAUCGCCCGCAUGGACGGCUCAGUGGAGGCGGGGAAUGGCACGCUCCCGCCACUCCGAGCGACGCUUCGCCAUAUCGCCACGUUGCGCACCUCGCGCGGUGUCGCGAUGGAGACGUGCACGCAUCCGGGUGGCCGCACCCUCGCGGCGGUGAUGCCGCGGGAUGUUGCGUGGCCGCUGCGACUGCAGUUGAUGCUGGGCGACGUAGCAGGCAAGACAUGGUGCUCCUCUCCCAUCCCUGGAUCGUCGUCGCUAGAAAGGCUCGCGUGUGAAGUGAACAAACUGGGGGAGCAGGUCAGUGCUGACGAAGAAGAAGUAUAG